AUGUUACCCUACUUCAAAGGCCAAAAAGUCUUUGGCUAUAUCGAUGGCACCCACCAACAGCCUACUAAAACAAUUUCUUCUUCUGAUGGCUCCUCCCUACCCAACCCAGCCUAUGAUUUCUGGGAAACCCAAGAUAAUCUUAUCCUUAGCUGCAUUAAUUCUUCCAUCAAGGAGGAAUCUCGAGCCAAAGCGAUACAUGUUCGAUCUCAACUCUCUACUCUACGGAAAAGGAAUCAAUCUGCCACUGAUUACUUCAUGAUGAUCAAACGCCUCAUGGACGAGUUGGCCAUUGUUGGCCAACCUCUGCACUGUGAUGAUAUUAUCACUUAUUUACUUGCUGGACUAGGUCCAAAGUAUGAUUCUCUUGUGUCUUUGGUCUCUCACCUUGCUGACUCCCUCACCUUGGAAAAUCUUUAUUCCAUCUUGACGUGUGAGGCCCGCAUUCAACAUAAUAAUCAACCUCUAUCCUUGCCCAAUGCUUCGGCAAAUGUAGCCACCAAACAACAAUUUUCAGGAGGACAGGGUCGUGGUCACUCAUACACUCCUCGAGGCAGGGAGCGUGCUCAAUCCAAUGGUACCCGUGGAGGUGGUCGAUCCACCAACAUCUUAUGGUGUCAACUAUGUGACAAGCAAGGCCACACAGCUUCCCGCUGUUACAAAAGAUUUGAUCCUCAUUUCCAAACUCCACCACCCCGCUCAAAUCCACAAGCCAACUUAGCCUCCAACCAACCUCAACAGCAGUCUCAUGAACAAGAAUGGAUCUUCCGAAUUAAGAAACAUGCAAACGGCAAUAUUGAGCGUUUUAAAUAG